UUGAUUUUAGUUCUGGCGCUAACAAGCUCUACUGCUCGCAUUUUUAGAACGUUUUAAAACUUGACUAAUUUGACAAAAGUCUGUUUAUAUUUCAUAAAAUAAUAUAAUAUUUUUAAGUAAUAUCUAAAUUGUUUGAAGAUGGAAACAUUAAAGAAUGUACAAGAUAAUAUUCAGAAAUCAUUGGAAACUGCAUCAGGUGGCGUUGUAUAUGUUGCACUUGGAAAUACCCUUUCUCGUCAAAUUCAAAUUGAACUGAUUGAAACAUUUCGUUAUAUGAAGCAAAUAUUUUUAUUUCAACACGUACCAAUAGAAUAUAAUGAGUUGCCAUCAAAUGUGAUUAUUUAUGAGAAUCUACCUAGCAAAGUUAUUUUAUCACAUAAAAACACAACUCUGUUUAUAACGAGAGAUGAAAAUUUACCAAUAAGACGAGCUCUACAUUACGGAGUCCCGAUGCUUAUUAUACCGUUUCAAAAUAAUGAGAUUCAUCGAAUCGUUAAGACUACAGCUUUGGAAAAUGUGUGUACUGUAAGCAUCGAAGAAAUAAAUAGAGAGACAUUGGGACAAAAACUAAGAACGCUCCUGAACAAUAAGAAUCUGAAGGUACACGCAAAGGAAAUUGCUAACCUCCUUCAUCAUAACUCCGUUAAUUUUGUCAUGGAACCAAUUAAGCAGAAUACGCAAACAUCACGACAGUUAUCAACAACUCAUUUACAUUUGGAUGCUUUGGGAGCAUUGUUUUUCAUUAUUUUUGUUAUAGUUAAAUUAUCAUUGAAAUUUUGCCGCUUUUACAAUAAUUGGGAGUGGAAAACAAAUGCUACAUCAAAGAAAACGAAAUGAACACAUUUUUAUACAAUUCACAUUUAGAGAUAUAAGUUAUGAAUUUAUAAAUAUCUGUUAUAUUAACUUAUUAAAUGAAAAGUAUUUUUACUCAUCAAUCUAUUGAGAGCUGAAGUUUUACAACAGUCGAGUUCUCCAGUUUUUGCUCACGAAAGAGAAAUUCAUUGAGCGCAUGCGCAUCCUUUUCCUCGCACAUUGUUAUACAGUCUGUUAAGUUAGUAACACUUUGAGUUCAAUUCACAGUUUUUGAAUGCCAUAUCUGAAGUUUUUUUAUGUUGUGAACAUACAAAACUUUACGCAUACUUCUUUGACGUAGACACAAAUACAACGAAAUUUUCAAAAUCGAUAUUUUGUUUGGUCACAUACGAGCUGUUGCAAAGAAUCCACCAUUUUGAGUGGUAGAUUGUGAGAAAACUGAUUUUAUUUUCUUAGAUAAAUAGAAAAUUGGUUGAAGAUAUAUUUUUUUUGCUUUUACUUUUAAGCAGUAAGCUAUUCAAAGAAUUCCACAAGUGAUUUUAAUAAACACAAAACAUAAACAGGCUUAUAUCUAGAUUAUUUACAAAAGCUAGUAUACUGAUACGAAGAAAUGUCCUAGUUCUGACGUUCAUUUAAUCAACCAAUAAUUCAUUGAAUAUUUCUUUCGAAGAAGAUUUAUUCUUGACACAAAAGUCACUUAUUCAAUCGACAGAUUGUGAAAAUAAAAAAGUUUUACAUUUUGUAGUGAAAAAAAGAAUUGAAGCACAAUAUUUUUUUAAAUAAUUUAGUUCAGAACCAGAGUCAAGUUUUAAACUCAAUUAUGGCGUAUAGUCGAAGAGUGUUCAAGAGAGAGGUAGAUGAAAUUGAAAAAGAGACUAGUUCAACACUAGGAACAAGAAUCUUUAAUCAUCAUCACCUCAUAACUACCGCAAGUGCACCACCAGAGGAAUCAGUAAAACUGACUACCGAUGUUCCGACGACUAAACAAUCUAUAAUUACGAAGCUCGAUCAUAUUGCUGACAAAAGUGUUGAAAAUGCAUCUCACCUGAUGCAUCUACCAAGAUGGGGAGUGGUGGCGAUCUUCAUAGGUAUUACAAUCCUAAUAUUGGGACUACUGUUCCUAUGCAUUCGACGAUUUUUCCGGAAACGACGCGGAAAGGACGGCAAGAAGGGCAUGAAAGGAGUGGAUCUUAAAUCGGUACAGUUACUUGGCUCAGCGUAUAAAGAAAAGGUCCAACCUGACAUGGAAGAAUUAACAGAAAACGCUGAAGAGCCAGACGAAGGUGAAAGUAAACAUAGUGAACAAAAAUUGGGCAAAUUACAAUACAAGUUGGAGUAUGACUUUAAUUCCAACAGCCUUAAUGUAACUGUUCUACAAGCUGAAGAGUUACCUGCACUGGAUAUGGGUGGCACUUCAGAUCCCUACGUUAAAGUCUACCUUCUGCCGGAUAAAAAGAAGAAGUUUGAAACCAAAGUUCAUCGAAAGACGCUUAAUCCCGUUUUCAACGAAUCAUUUGUUUUUAAGAAUCUUCCUUAUGCUGAAGCAAUGAACAAAACGCUCGUUUUUGCUAUUUUUGACUUUGAUAGGUUCUCAAAACACGAUCAAAUUGGUGAAGUUAAGGUUCCAUUGUGUCAAAUCGAUUUGGCACAAACGAUCGAAGAAUGGCGUGAAUUGCAGUCUGUUGAAGGCGAAGGUGGUCAGGAACAGUUGGGCGACAUAUGCUUCUCACUUCGUUAUGUACCCACAGCUGGAAAACUUACAGUUGUGAUUUUGGAAGCAAAGAACCUCAAAAAAAUGGAUGUUGGUGGAUUAUCUGAUCCUUAUGUCAAGAUAGCAUUGAUGCAAAAUGGUAAACGCUUGAAGAAAAAGAAGACAAGUAUCAAAAAAUGCACCCUGAAUCCAUACUACAAUGAAUCGUUCUCAUUCGAAGUUCCAUUUGAACAAAUACAAAAAGUACAGCUUGUAGUUACUGUUGUUGACUAUGAUCGCAUUGGCACAUCUGAACCCAUCGGAAAAGUAGUUUUGGGAUAUAGUGCUCAAGGUACAGAAUUACGCCAUUGGUCCGAUAUGUUGGCAUCCCCACGUCGUCCAAUUGCACAAUGGCAUACCCUCAAGGAUCCGGAGGACGGCGAGAAAAAAGAUUAAAUGGUUCAUUGAGAAUUUAUUACUUAAAUGAACAUCCAAGCCAUGCAACUCAACAUUUGCACACAUUUUCAACAGCGAUUUUAAGAAAAAAACCAUCAUUAUUAUAUAGACCCCGAGCAGUUUCAUUUGCCCAAAUAUUCCAUAUUUUAAUCGUGAGUCCACUGAAAGUAAUACUGUUUUAUUUGAGUAACAAUGGAAUCGACUGCAAACUUCAUAUAAUCAUAGUUAAGCUAAAACUAUUGAAUACCAAAGUCUACUCCUCCUCUUCAAAAAUAAACUAUACAUAAUUGUCAUUAUUUAAAUAUUGAAGUUAUUUUGAAUUCAAAAAUUUACAAAAGAAAAACGGUAGAGGACUACCAAUGUGACAAAAGAAUCAUUCAUUUGACAAAAGAAAACAGAAAUAUGUGUGCAUCUAAUGUAUAUAAUAAUAAUAUUUUGCAAUCUGUAAUAAAAUUUAACCAUUACAUAACAGCAAUACAAUAUUAACCCUAAAACCGUCCAUCGGGCAAAACUAAAUUUAAACCAUUUUUUUUUCAUCAAACAUCACUAAACCCCGAUUUUUUUUGUGUUGUCGGUCUCUGUUUCUACUCAAAAAUAUAAAAUAUGCAUCUAUUCACGCCACGGUUUUCGAAAAAAUGGCCGGCAAAAAAAAAGAUGGUCAUUUCGUCUUUGGGGCACUCAGUGCCCGACGUAUAUUUUCAUAUAUUUUGUUUGGGAAAAUUGCUGAAUUGUAAAAAAUGUUUGUGCACAUAUAUUACCUUGUUUGGUGUUCCGUGUGACAUUCAAAUAAGAAUAAUAAUUUAUUAUAAACAAAUGAUGCCGAAAGUGUGUUUGGCAUUGAAUUGCUUCGACAACAUUGCUUUUACAUAUUCACAACAAAAUGUAUCGUGUUCAAUUCAUUUUUUAUUCAUUUAUAUGUGAAUUUCCAUACUCAGAUAAAUUUAACAGAGAAAACUUAAAGGCAUACAGUGUAAAAUGCCAUUUUGAAAAUGAAACUGGUCGAAUUCAUAGGCACCUCAAAAAUUUGUUCAGCCAAUAUUUUUUUUAUUUUGUCAGCACAGAAUACAAAACGUAGCUGCCGACCUGAUGCGCACAUUCAUGUCUUUAGUUUACGACUAGACACAAGAUUUCUCGAAAUAUCGAAAAAAAUUCCACAAAAAAAUCAAUAUUUUUAAUUUUUUCAAACAAAAUACACUUCGGGCACUGAGUGUCCCCAAAGACGGGAUUAAGAUGGAUUGCAGAAGGACGGUUUUAGGGUUGAAAUUCCUCACAUCAAGAGGCUCAGAAAUUUCAAAUCUAAUUUAAAAAAAACGACUUAAAAAAGAAUGUCAAAAAUACCAGUUUCUUAAUUCAAUUCAUAACUUAAAAGAAUAUUUAAUUUUAAAGCUUUUUUCUCAGCGAAACUACUAAACAAACGUUCAAUGAUUUUAAUUAUAGCUCUAAACAUUUCCUUUGAUUUUAACUGCAUUUGAAAACGAAUAAUGUUUAGAUUUUGGUACCGCACCACUUUCUUUUGAUAUCUACAGAAAUCUGUAAUCAUCAGGACCAAAGGUUUCCUUUGCUGGGGAGAGCAUAUUUAUGAAAUGUGUACUUUUUCACUUGCUAAAAGUGAUAUGCCAACAAAUAAACAUCAAUGAUAUAUUAAUAACAUAAGUACAUCGACUUAUUGUUCAAUGUCGAAAAUAUGUGUUUCUAAAUAGAAAAGAAGAGACAAAGCAUGUUUUUGUUUAACAUUCAAAAAAGAAACUUGCAACUUAGUACAUCACAAAAAAUAAAAUAAAAUGGUUCUGCAAAUCUGUGAAAAUAUUAUUGAUGAGUAGUAAUGGCAAAAAAAUAUUCAACGAUGAGAUCGAUAUGUAUUUAUGUUAACUUACAAAAGAUUUUGAAAAACGUGUAGCACGAUUGCAAAUAAUUGGUAAAAUUUACACCUAAUACACAGAGAAGUGAGAUUAAAACAUUUAAUUUGCUAAGAAUGUAACGUAGUUCUGUUGAAGACUGCUUUUUUCAUUCAAAAAAGAAAACUUCAGUAGUAUUUCGUUACUGCAUUUUGCUAUCCAUUAAACAUAUUAACUGUUUGAAAUCAUCAACCAACGAUUUGUGAACAAAACAAAAUAUAUGAACAAUAAAUAGUAAUUAAAAUAAUAAAAAAAAAAUUAGGCACACAAUCAAGUAUAUAAGAAUUUUGAAUGAAAUUUGAAAAACAUCUCGUUCAGAAUGAUAGACGAACUUUAAACUAAACAUAUGAUAAAUAAAUAUAAAUUGAUGUUCAGAAACAGAGUAUUGAUACAGUCCAAAGUGAAUAUUCAUAAAAGUAUAGAAACUAGCCAAGCAGUAAUUCAGUGUCAAUGUUUGUAAAAAGCACUCACAAUAAAUCCAUUGUCGAAAUUCAUCGAAUGAAAAAUAUCAGUGAUUAUGGCUGGUUCUGAGGAAAUCAGUUUAAUACAUGGUUAAUUUACGCACAUGGUCAACAGUGUGUUAUUAAGAAUGACAUUAUCUAUUAAUGUUCGUUCAGACAACGAUCUCAUGAAAAAUCACAUCGUAGUCAUAGAACAACAUUCAAUUGUAUACAAAAUACAAAGUCACGAUGAGGGGUUGCUUCUGUCAUUGCAUUUUAAAACUUCUUAUUGUAACAUAUUCGAUUUAAAAAGCCCGGAACAAUUUUGAUAUUUUAUUCAACCAAUAUUGAAAAUAUUACCUCUUACGAUUUGAACGUCUUAAUAAUGACAUUUACAACUGAUAUUAGUGUAAACAUCAGCGGAUGAAUGAAAUGGAUUUAAAUGUACACAUCAAUGUGAGAGACACUCAAUAUUUAUGCAUUAUAUUUUUACUUUUCAAAUAAAUUGAAAUAGUUAAAACGAUUAUCACUCUCAUACAUACACAGAGGGAAAAAUAAAAAUCAUCAAAAUUAUAGUAUUUGGAAUUCAUGUUUAUUUUGGGAUUAUGAUGCAUUCUUUCGUGUCUUCCUUACAAAUGCAUUUGAAAUAUAGUACAUUUAUCCCAAACAUUUUAAUUGAAUUAUAGUUCAAGUAAAAAAUAUCAGGAUAACUAGCGUUCAUUUCAUUAGUUGACUGAAUAUGACUAUCCGCUUAGAUUGAAAAUGGAAAAUAUCGAUAAUGCUCAGUACUUGUUUACAAUUCAAUACAAAUUUCAAAACAAUUUUUUUUUGAAAAGGCUGUCACAAAUAUGAUUAUGUAAAUGAAUUAUUAACAUUUCGAUAUCCCAUUGCAAUAAGAGAGCACUUCAAUGAACUGAACAGUUGAAAUAUAGCAAAACACAUCAUUUAGAUACACACACAGACACACAUAUGUAAAUUUAUAUUGCGAUUGAUGUAAGCCAUACUUGAAAAUUGUUAGUUGAAAAGGGCAACUAUAUAUACAUUACACACAAUAUAAGGUUUGAAUUCCAUGGAUGUAAGCUACGGUUUGUAUUAUACAAAUACUCUAAAAAUAUGGACAUAGUGAUGAUAGCUUAAUUGUGCACAUUUUUCUUAAUUUGUUUUAUUAAUAUUAUUAUUAUUAUCGCGAGCUGGCUGGUUACUCAAUAUAACAAUCAUUCCAGAUGAAUCAUACGUCUUGUUUUAUUAGUUAGGUUACAUGAAGAUGCUUUUAUGCAAUUUUAUUCGUUCUCAAAAUAAUUUCAUUUGCAAAAUCAACCAAAAAUCGAACAAUUCAAAAAGAUCCUACCAAAAAAAAUCUGCUUAUAAACUAUUUAUAGAAUCUAAACAGUUAAACCAAGUGGAUAUAAUCAUACGAUCAUUUUCGAAAACUUGAUUUCAUUUGAAAGUCUCUGAAACUUUGCUUAGUAAAUAUUAUAAUUGCGGUGGCCCAUAUUGAAAAAACAUUAUAAAAAAAUAUACUCAUUUCCACUCUAUUCGAAUAAUAUAUACGUUUAAAAUGAAGCAAUAAAGAAAACCAGAACAAUAAAAGAAUCAAGCACAAAGCUUCUACUAAAACUCUACUUAUUACAUUAUUUUAAUUUCAUCCAAGACCGUUUUGGAUCGGAAAAGGGUAUUUAUGUAGAGUACCGGGCCUAAAUUUUGCAAAACCAAAGAUGAAAAUAGACCGCUGUCCAAAGUGAACAUUUUUGAAUCAUUUUUCUACUGCUCAAGAAACCGUUCUAAUAAAGUUUCUGUUAAGAACCAAUAAAACUAACAGAAUUUUCGAUAAAAUGGCAAACCAGUCAAAACAGAAUGAAUAUUGAAGUUUAAUUAUGUUUUCUGGAUUCAGUUUGUUUCCAUAACUCCAGGGCAUCCAUUUCAUGCUAUCAGAUUGUAAUUGCUCUCAGAUUGUAAUUUCCAAUAUUUCAUAUAGCUGAUGACUCAGUCGAGCAAAAUCUUCACAAUCAUCAAAAACAACACAUCAAUCUAUAUAAUAACCACCUUUGGUUCCCAAAUAAUAUUUAACAAAGGCGAGAAUAUUAACAAAUAGGUGAAUAGAUAUAUUUUAAAUGAAUUGUAUUUCACAAAUUGUUAAAAACAUAGUAUGAGAGAAAGGUGAAAACAAUAAAAGUUUUAUUUAAAAAUGUUUAUAAAAAGAUUAUCGUAAUAUAAUAUAAAUUAUUAUUAAUUUGUUAAAUUGUCUUAGAUUGUUUAUCUAAAUCUGUGUAAAAUAUAAAUUCAAGCGAUUGAACACAAAAAAUUUAAAGAAAGAAACUCAACUAUGACUAACACAAAAACGUUUCUCUUUCUCAAAUAAACACACUCAUAUAUAUACAUAUAUCUCGAUAAUUGGUGCGUUCGUUAAAUAUUGCUAUAAAAAUGAGAGGAGAUAAAAAUCCAAAGUUAAUAUCUCUCGCAGUAUGCAAAGGAAUCUACGAGUAAAAGAACACAAAUAAAUGAAUAUAACAAAUACAUGUUAAAUGUAAGUGUGAAUCCUUUUCCUACUGCGCGAGUAUUAAUUCUUGGCUAUUGCUAUAUUAUAUAUGAAUAAAUAUUCACUUUAUAUAAAAGGUGUUUCUCAUACCUGAAAAAUGUGACUAACAUCAAUUUAAAUUUGAAACAAUUCUUUGUUAAUUGGUGGAAUUAAUACAACUCAAUAUGAAUCGAUGCUUUGUAGGAAUUCUGUCAAUUGACAAAGAAUUUUUAGAACUUCAAAGUGAAAAAAAGUACAAUGAGAAACAUCCAUAUAUACAUAUAUUAUAUUCUGUAGAAUAAAUUUUUGAAAAAUUCAAAA